GUGACGGAAAAAAUGGACAUCCUCAAGGCGGAGAUUGAGCGGAAGCGAAAGCUGCUGGAGGAGAAGGAGCUGGUGGCGGGAAAUAAAAAAUACUUCAAGCGCAGUGAACUAGCCAAGAAGGAAGAAGAGGCAUAUUUUGAAAGAUGUGGCUACAAGCCUGUAAACGAGAAGCCACCAAGAGAGGUACAGCAGGAGGAGGAAGAGGAGGAGAAGACAAUAACUUCAUCAAAUCCAGUCCUGGAACUGGAGUUGGCAGAGGAGAAGCUGCCCAUGACUCUUUCUAGACAAGAGGUCAUUAGGCGAUUGAGAGAAAGGGGUGAGCCUGUCAGACUGUUUGGAGAAACAGAUUAUGAUGCCUUUCAGCGGCUACGAAAGAUAGAAAUUCUGGCACCAGAAGUGAACAAGGGAUUGAGAAAUGAUCUGAAGGCUGCUUUGGAUAAAAUUGACCAGCAGUAUCUGAAUGAAAUUGUAGGUGGCCAGGAACAGGGAGAGGAUGACACACAGAAUGAUCUCAAAGUCCAUGAAGAGAAUACAACCAUUGAAGAAUUGGAGAUGGUUUCAGCAGGGCUUCCAUUCACAGAAUCAUGGAUUUCUAUGCAGGCUUUGGGAGAAUCUUUAGGACAAGGUGAUGAUCAUAAAGACAUGGACAUCAUAACCAAAUUCUUGAAGUUCCUCCUUGGAGUCUGGGCUAAGGAGCUGAAUGCCCGAGAAGAUUAUGUGAAACGUGGUGUACAGGGGAAACUGAAUAGUGCCACUCAGAAGCAGACGGAAUCGUAUCUGAGACCUCUGUUCAGGAAGCUUCGGAAAAGGACUCUUCCUGCAGACAUCAAGGAAUCGAUAACCGAUAUUAUCAAGUUUAUGCUGCAGAGAGAGUAUGUCAAGGCCAAUGAUGCCUAUCUUCAGAUGGCCAUUGGGAAUGCUCCUUGGCCAAUCGGCGUCACUAUGGUUGGCAUCCAUGCCAGAACUGGUCGAGAAAAGAUUUUCUCAAAGCACGUGGCUCAUGUUCUAAAUGAUGAAACCCAGAGGAAAUACAUCCAGGGUUUGAAGAGGCUCAUGACCAUUUGCCAGAAACACUUCCCUACAGACCCAUCCAAAUGUGUGGAGUACAAUGCGUUGUGACAGCUGCUUUCUGCUCUGGGAUUUCUGGACUGUGAGAGAAGAGAGCAAUCUCUAUGAGAACUCUUGAUUUAGAAAUCGGAGUAGACUGGGGUGGGACCUGAAAGGCAAACUUCUGGAUCUAGCUCUUUUGAACGGAUCACCAUCAUUUGUGCUUUGACGAACUUGCAUAUUUUCUUUUAUUGCAUCUUUAAGGGGGGAAAAAGCAUUUCUAAGGAAUGUAUCCACUUGCCACAUGCAAAUGAGCAGCUUGCUGGUGCAUGUAGCCUGUGCACUCCCCAUAGUGCGUGAACGGGUAUACAAAUCGGGAAUGGGAUAGCUUUGUGCUACAUCCGAACCUGGGAUGAUGGUCCAUGGCACCAAAAACGUCAAGAUCACAAACCAGGUGUAAAUGCUGGUUUAAGCUAUCCCUUCCUGGUCGCACAAAGAGAGCAGCAAAGUGGGAGCCCAUAGGCGGUUUCCUGAGCUCGCUGCUCAUUCAUAUUGUGGUUUAUUAAGCCAGGAUUCCUUGCUUAAUGUGAUGUCCAAAUGAGGCCAUUGUGGUAAAAUGUGUCUUUCUCUUUUUAUAAUGUUGGUGUAUCUAAUCCCUUUUUAAUAACAGUCACAGGAACAUGGAUGUCAUAACUUCAGUAAUACCUUUACUAGGAUCAGCCCUAGUUCCACAGUGUGAUGUGUGAGCUUUAGAGAGAACAGGACUCUAAAUAGUGCUUUAUUGUCUCGGUUCUCAUGAACCAAUAGGCCUAUCUGUGUUUGCUAUCCUUCCUACUUUAUAAAGUGCUACCUUACCGUGUCAUGUCUGGAGAACAUUUCUGUGCCACUGAAGUUUGAAAAAUAAUUUGGUUUAAAAAAAUAAGUUGAAAGUUAAUUGAAGAAUUGUAAUAACAGCAAUCCUCUUCCUAUUACUAAUUUUUAAUAGGUUGCAUUCAAAGGACUUGUCUCCACCUUAUACUUUUCCUAUUGCUGCGAUGUCACCACUGUGGUUUCUUCAUCUGUCAAUGCUGGCUUCAGUUCAGGUUUAGAAAGUAGGCGUGCCAGGGUGGAUUGCAGCGCAGGAGAGGCGCGGGAAAGCAGGGCAGGGGGCAGGCUUGACUAGCCUAGAGAAAUGGCUGCCAUGGUGAUGUGAAACUCCAGGGAAAGUAAGGGAAGUAAUGAAGAAAUUAAAUGAAUGCUGCACUGCUACAGGCUUUCAAAGGUGCACAGAGCUCCCCCCCCCCAAAAGGUUUUCGUGGUUUUCUGGCCUCUCUGUUUCCUCUCCAUUCCUGCCAUCUUAACAGUACUGUGACUUUCCUGGAUGGAUAGCCCGUACUCCUUCCUGCUGUGUACGUCUAUUGAUGUCACCUUGCAGCAGCGAUGCUGAGCGCUUUGGGGGGAAUCAGCGAGUCAUAUAGAUGCCGCCUUUACCAUGGCCUAUAUCUAGUGCAUUUUCAAGGCAUAGGCUACUGUAGGCGAAUUGCAAAUGACUAAAGAAUAUAGAUUAGCCAAGGUUCUGUGGAAGGUUCUGUCAUGACUCUGAGACUGGACAAGUUUGUGACUGCUAAUGGAAAUUGCUCUAAAUAAGUCAUGUUGAAUUUC